CGCAUGUUAUCCGAGAAGACGUUGGAGCCAUCACAGCAACAGAAAUACAGAAAAGCUGAUUUAUUUCCUUUUAUCUCACAGCCAGAGAGAAACAAACAGCAGCGGGAGAUACAAGCAGGGUGUUUAGAGCUUCAGGAUGUCUGACAGCGACGACAGCGACUUUUCCGACAACCAGAGCGAUCGGAGCAGCGACGGAGAGGCGGAGGAGGUGGAGGAGAAUGAGGAGGAGACGAACAGCCCCGUGGGAAGUGACAAGGUAGCAGAGGAGGAGGGUGAGGACCUGGAGGAUGAGGAGGAGUACGACGAAGAGGAGGAGGAGGACGAUGACGACCGUCCCAGGAAGAAGCCGAGACACGGCGGGUUCAUCCUGGACGAAGCCGAUGUGGACGACGAGUACGAGGAUGAGGAAGAUCAGUGGGAGGAAGGAGCAGAGGACAUUCUGGAGAAAGAAGAAGCUGAAGUGUCGAACAUCGAUCACGUGGUUCUGGAUGAAGAUCAUUCUGGAUCCAGACGGCUGCAGAAUCUCUGGAGAGACUCCAGAGAGGAAGCGCUGGGUGAAUACUACAUGCGGAAAUUUGCCAAAUCCUCCGGGGGCGAGCAUGUUGUUUUUGAACUUUCAGCAGCAGGAAAUCGAACGCCUCACUACGGCUCUCAAACCCCGCUGCAUGAUGGGAGCAGGACGCCCGGUCAGAGCGGAGCCUGGGACCCCCAUAACCCCAACACACCCUCCAGGAAUGACGAGGAGUACGACUUCGGCUACGAUGACGAGCCGUCUCCGUCCCCUCAGGGCUACGGCGGGACCCCCAACCCCCAAACCCCCGGUUACCCCGAGGUCCCCUCUCCUCAGGUUAACCCUCAGUACAACCCUCAGACUCCUGGCACGCCUGCUAUGUACAACACAGAGCAGUACUCUCCCUACGCCGCCCCGUCCCCUCAGGGCUCCUACCAGCCGAGCCCCAGUCCUCAGAGCUACCACCAGGUGGCGCCGUCACCGGUCGGCUACCAAAACACACACUCUCCAGCCAGCUACCAUCCGACUCCUUCCCCCAUGGCUUACCAGGCGAGUCCCAGCCCCAGUCCGGUGGGCUACAGCCCCAUGACGCCUGGAGCGCCCUCUCCUGGAGGAUACAACCCUCACACCCCCGGGUCCAACAUCGAGCAGGGCGGCAGUGACUGGGUCACCACAGACAUCCUGGUCAAGGUCAAAGACUCAUUCAUGGAUCUGAUGGGACAGACGGGCGUCAUCAGGAGCGUCACGGGAGGCAUGUGUUCUGUGUUCAUGCAGGAGUCGGAGAAGGUUGUCAGUAUCAGCAGUGAUCACCUGGAGCCUGUUACUCCCACCAAAAACAACAAGGUGAAGGUGAUUCUCGGCGAGGACCGUGAGGCGACGGGGAUCCUGCUGAGUAUCGACGGAGACGACGGCAUCGUGCGCAUGGAGCUCGACGACCAGCUGAAGAUCCUCAACCUGCGGUUCCUGGGACGCCUGGAGCACUGAGAGCGGACGGAGACGAUGGAGACGGACGGAGCGGAGGGAGAGAAACACGGACACAACGCCAGUCAUUUUGAUUUAUUACUUUUCGGUGAAAACCCUCCCACACGGUUUAAAACUCUGAUUAGAUCUCAACAGCUGCAGCGUCCAGAAGUCCUGGAAGUUGGUUUUGGCAUCGAAUCUGAAAACACGAAAAGCAACUGGACUGAAAGAACUUGUCAGACUUGUUCUUUUUCUCUCCCUCUCUCUGUGAAUACAUCUCUCCCCAUGUGUCUCCCUUCACCCCCCCCCCCCCCCAAAAAAAAAAUGACCAGAGCAGCUCCAGCGUUUCUGCUUCUGUUCAUUUUAUCUUUUUGGUUUUUUUGUUUUGUUUUUUUUAAAGAUCUUUUUGUUUCAUUAGGUUCACGGUAUUCUUACGUAGGCGUCGGAAUCUGUUUUUAGUGCUUUCUGAAUGUUCUGUCAGUUCUUCUUCUGGUUCUUUUUUGGCUGCAGGAGGAUUUAAAAAAAACUACAAAGUGUAAACUGUCAAUAAAACUG